GGAAAGAAGAGAGAGCUACGAAGUAGAGACUGGUAGAAUAAGAAAUCCGAUUGUGCGGUUAGAUUUCAGUUUCUCUGGUUAAACCUAACUACUCCUCUACUGAUAUGCGGUUUCGCUCUCUGAUCUUGCCAUACUUUUAAGCGUAAUGUUAAUUUGCCUUGCAAUCGAGUCCCGUCAAUCUCUUAUCAUGUCUUGGUGCACUAUUGAGUCUGAUCCUGGUGUGUUUACGGAACUUAUCCAGCAAAUGCAAGUAAAAGGUGUACAGGUUGAGGAGUUGUACUCACUGGACCUUGACUCUCUUAAUGAUCUUAGGCCAGUAUAUGGGUUGAUUUUCCUUUUCAAAUGGCGUCCAGGGGAAAAGGAUGACCGUCUUGUAAUUAAAGAUCCAAACCCUAACUUAUUUUUUGCCAGCCAGGUCAUUAAUAAUGCUUGUGCAACACAAGCAAUUUUAUCUAUCCUCAUGAACCAUCCGGAUAUUGACAUUGGCCCGGAAUUGUCAAAGCUGAAAGAUUUCACCAAAAGUUUUCCACCCGAACUUAAAGGUUUGGCAAUCAAUAACAGUGAAGCUAUACGUGCAGCACAUAACAGUUUUGCAAGACCGGAGCCUUUUGUUCCUGAGGAGCAGAAGGCUGCCAGCAAAGAUGACGAUGUGUACCAUUUUAUAAGUUAUUUACCAGUUGAUGGGGUGCUAUAUGAGCUUGAUGGAUUGAAGGAGGGACCAAUUAGCCUUGGUCAGUGCCCUGGUGGACAUGGUGAUUUGGAUUGGUUGCGCAUAGUGCAACCAAUCAUCCAGGCACGCAUAGAGAAGUAUUCCAAAAAUGAAAUACGAUUCAAUCUCAUGGCAGUAAUCAAGAACAGAAAAGACAUGUAUACUGCUGAACUCAAGGAGCUCCAAAAGAAGAGGGAGCGUAUCCUGCAGCAGCUGGCUGCCUGCCAAUCUGAGAGAGUGGCAGAUAAUAGCGACGUUGAGGCAUUGAACAAAUCACUAUCAGAGGUGAAUGCCGGAAUUGAGGCUGCUACUGAGAAGAUUCUGAUGGAGGAAGAGAAGUUCAAGAAGUGGAGAACUGAAAACAUACGCAGGAAGCACAAUUAUAUACCCUUUUUGUUUAACUUCCUCAAGAUUCUUGCUGAGAAGAAGCAGUUGAAACCACUUAUAGAGAAGGCAAAGCAAAAGCAUUUGGCCCCGGGUGAUUAAUGAUUUUUGAUAAGUUAUGACUUGCGUUAGAGAUUGUUGGUCAUCUUUCGUACCGAUGUUCAACUUUCUGGUUAGUACUUUUUGGGUUGGUUUCACUUUCCUCAAUGAUUGAGCUAUUUCAUAUCGUAGACACGUUUUUAGCUCAAAGUUGAAGAAACGCAUGAAUUGGCAUCUUCCAUAUAAGUAAUCUGCUUUUUUCCUACUGAAAGUUCAUUUAAUGGAUAAAUUGGAAGGAUUAAGGGUGUGC